AAAUAUAAUUUUUUAUAGCAUAUCCCUAAUGUGUUCGUAUCCUACUUUUUUUGAGAAAUGGUGUAUCUGCAUGUCCGUAUCGUGUCAUACCCGUGUCUGUGUCUGUUACUUGGAGGUUACGAGAUUGAGUUGCGGAAACAAUCUCUCUGUUGCAUGCAGGGUAAGGCUGUAUACAUCUGUCUCUUCCUAGACCCCUCAAUGAUGGGAGUCUCGUGCACUAGGUACGACCAAUAACAGUGGAUCUGGAAACUUGCCCCACAAUCAUGUUAGGAGCCCUACAAUUAAAAUGUAUUACACAAUUGAAUAAGCUGUGUACACAGCUAUAUUUUCGUAGUUGUAAACUUCUCUGUGUAACUAUGAAUAAACCUUGCAAAAAGUUUGAUAUAUCCAUUAUAAUAUUACUUUUAAUGAUUGUUGAUACAGCAUCGUAAUGUGUUUUAACCACAAUAUUUUUCACGGAUCCUACGACUCAUUAAUUUAGUCUGAUAAGAAGUUAGAAUAGUCCAAGCCGACUUCUCAUUUCCAGGUUCUAACUCUGGGCUCUGUGUUUUAACUCCUGGGCAUCACUAUAAACUAAGCAGUUAAAAUCAUUCAAAAUACAUUAAUGCAGCAUCAGGCUUUGUCAUCGCGAGGUUGAAUAUUCUACUGUUUCCUGGAAUUUCUUUCUCUUAGGAUUCUUAAGAGACCAUUGGUCCAGCUGAUGUUGGUCUGAAAGAGGAAAAUCAAGAGGAUGAUAGAGGUCAUGGCAUUUUUGGAUUUAAUCUACUUAAUAGGGUAGACCGAUGGGCUCAACCAAUAACUUAUUUGGAUAUACACGACUGUGGUAGUUUCACGAUGUGUAUAUUUUGCUUCCCCACUUCCUCGGUUAUUCCACUCCAUGAUCAUCCUGGGAUGACUGUUUUGAGCAAAGUUCUCUAUGGCUCCUUGCACGUGAAAUCUUAUGAUUGGGUUGAGCCUGCCUGUGUAAAGAAAACCAAGGGCACAGGUCCCUCUCCAGUGAGAUUAGCCAAGAUGGCUUAUGAUAAAGUUCUGACAGCGCCACAUGAUAUAUCAGUCUUAUACCCAAAGAGUGGAGGGAAUCUGCAUUGCUUCACAGCACUCACUCCUUGUGCUAUGCUUGACAUUCUUGCACCUCCUUACCAAGAAGCUGCAGGCAGGAAAUGUACUUACUACCUUGAUUACCCAUACUCCAGCUUCUCCACCAGUUAUGGUGAUGAUAUUAAUGAAGGGAAAGAAGAGGAAUAUGCAUGGCUUGCAGAGAUAGAAACACCAGAUAGUCUUGAUAUGCGCCAAGGAAGAUACACAGGUCCAGCCAUUCAGACUUGUGACAGCAAAAAUGAGGUCCAUUAUGGCGGGAUCUUCUCUGGCUUCUGCCAAGCCCCAGUAAAUGGUGACCCAAAUAAAGGAAGCAUUACGGAGAGGUCACAAGGAGGUUCUGCCACAAAGGAAAAUGGUAGUCAUAGAAUCAGGUGUUCCAGUGCAGAAAAAAGACAAUGCGUGGCAAUUAUCAUCAAUUUCUGCACGUGGGAGAAGAGAAUUAGGGUACCCUCAUGGCUGGUUGAGGAGAAUGAAGAACCAUGUCAUAGGACAUCCCUUUCAAGUGUGCAACCCAAGAUCAUUGUGAAUCUGCAUGGUGUUUUUUUUCCUAAUGGAAUCCCUUUGUUUGGUAUAGAAACUUUCUUCAUGAGGCAAAAGGGCAGAGAAAGGCUUGAUGAUCCAUUAUCUGGAGAUACUGAAGCAAUACAGUCCUUUCUUCUUGUCGGUGGGGUUAUGGUCGCCACCUGCAAUGGAGGGGGUCAUCUUUCAGAAUAUAUGAUCCUCAGUGAGCUUCCACUGAAAUUCUUGAGUUUUGGGAGAGAAUGGUAG